UCUUGCAAACAUCCGCUGUGCCUUGCAGGAUUAUGAAAGCAUGAUUAGGGACUACUGUAUAACUGCGCCACUGAACUAAAGCAGGUCGAUGGCCCUGGUUGGAUGGCUUAUUUAGGACCUCGGCUGGGACCGUCGCGCAUUAUUGUCCCCGGUGUGUCCGUGUUCAGAUUCCUCGGCUCGGUCGUGAUGGACGACAUGGGUCUGGCGAUGAGUCGUUCCUCGUUGGAGCGGCUCAACUUUGACAACGCCGCGCUCAGGAAACUUCCCCUUGACCCGUCCGAGGAGCCCGGAGUGCGGCAGGUGAAGGGAGCGUGUUUCUCCCGGGUGAAGCCGCAGCCGCUGACCAAGCCUCGGUUCGUGGCCGUGUCGCACGAAGCCCUGGCGCUGCUGGGGCUCAGUGGGGAGGAGGUCGUGAACGAUCCGCUCGGACCGGAGUAUCUCAGCGGCUCCAAAGUGAUGCCCGGAUCCGAGCCCGCCGCUCACUGCUACUGCGGCCACCAGUUCGGCCAGUUCGCCGGGCAGCUGGGCGACGGAGCGGCCUGCUACCUCGGAGAGGUGACGGUGCCAGCAGACCAGGAUCCCGAGCUGCUGAGAGAAAACCCGAGCGGCCGCUGGGAGAUUCAGGUGAAGGGGGCAGGACUGACUCCUUAUUCCAGACAAGCUGAUGGCCGUAAGGUCCUGCGCUCUAGUAUAAGAGAGUUCCUUUGCAGCGAGGCGAUGUUCUUCCUGGGUGUGCCCACCACCAGAGCAGGCUCCGUUGUGACCUCCGACAGCAAGGUCAUACGAGAUGUAUAUUACAGCGGACACCCUCGACAUGAGAGAUGCUCAGUUGUCCUCCGCAUCGCUCCCACGUUCCUCAGGUUUGGAUCCUUUGAAAUCUUCAAGCAGGCAGACGAGUUCACGGGCCGUCAGGGUCCCAGCUAUGGACGCGAUGAGAUCCGAGGUCAGAUGAUGGAUUACGUCAUCGAGAUGUUUUACCCUGAGAUCCAGCAGGACUACCCAGACCGAGUGGAGCGGAACGUGGCUUUUUUCAGAGAGGUGAUGGUUCGUACGGCUCGUCUCGUGGCACAGUGGCAGUGUGUAGGUUUCUGUCACGGAGUCCUGAACACAGACAACAUGAGCAUCCUGGGACUCACGCUGGACUAUGGUCCAUACGGCUUUAUGGACAGGUUUGAUCCAGAUUUCAUUUGCAACGCUUCCGAUAACUCCGGCCGUUACUCCUACCAGGCCCAGCCGGCUAUCUGCAGGUGGAACCUGGUGAAACUAGCGGAGGCUCUUGCUCCAGAGCUGCCACCAGACCGUGCUGAGGCUGUCAUGGAUGAGUACCUGGAUCUCUAUAAUGGGUUCUACCUAGAGAACAUGAGGAAGAAGUUGGGCUUAUUGAAGAAGGAGGAGCCUGAGGAUGAAAUUCUGAUCACUGAGCUGCUGCAGACCAUGCACAACACAGGCGCUGACUUCACAAACACCUUCCGCAGCCUGAGUCAAAUUUCCUGUCCCGCUGAGGGAGAAAGUGAAGGAGAAGAGGAGCUUGUUAAAAAAGCCACAGACCUCCUGCUGGAACAGUGUGCCUCCUUAGAGGAGCUGAAGGCUGCCAACAAACCUACUAUGGAUCCACGUGAGCUGGCGAUGCUGCUCUCUAUGGCUCAGAGCAACCCAGCGCUGUUCCAGAUGAUCUCAGACAGGAUGGCAAUAGCGCGGCAGUUAGAGAGACUCAGCAGACUGAAAGACCUGAUGGAGACCAGCCAGGAAGAGCUGAAAACCAAACACGCUGAGGAGUGGACCUGCUGGAUCACACGCUAUAGGAAGCGUCUGGGGCGUGAGCUGGAGGGCCAGAGUGAUGUGCAGGCUGUGCAGGAGGAGAGGGUGAGGGUGAUGGACAGCACCAACCCUCGCGUGGUGCUCAGGAACUACAUUGCCCAGAAUGCAAUAGAGGCUGCUGAGAAUGGAGACUUCUCUGAGGUUCAGCGGGUCCUCAAGGUUCUGGAGAAGCCCUUUUCUUCCCAGCCAGGUCUGGAGCUUCCUGCGUGGGUGGGCGGAGGCGGUGCCACCGAACAGGGAGAAAGGGACGAAGGACAGGAGGAACAGCCAGAGGCUGCAUCUGCAUCCACAGCCACAGCUAGAAAUCCUGUUCCCUAUGACAGCAAGCCCCCAGCUUGGGCCCGUGAAAUCUGUGUCACAUGAUCUUCGUAGUAACUUUCCUGAUUGUUAGCUUGCCUGCCUAAAAUGACAAGAGAGUUUAUUGGUCUUUAAUUCCUUUUUUUUUUUUUUUUUACCUUUUAUAUCCCUCCCCUGUCUUCCAUUCACUGUACAGCUCUCUGUUUCUUUGGCAGGCAGCAUCAGGGAAGUUAGCAUGAGGCACGACACACCACAGGCUGCCUAGCUGAUACAAAGCAGACAGGGAAUGAGUUGAGUUUGGUCGUACAAACACAUGAAAUUACAAAUAUGAUGUUGCCAUGUCUGGUGAAAAGCUCUUGACCAAGUGACUGGGUCACCUUGAAACCUAUGGGUGGAUUUUUUGUGAAUGUGUAAGAUGCAUUAAAUGAAGGGAAAUGUAGUUUAUGAAAUACAUUUAGAGGGAAUUUUCAUAUUUCUUGUGACUUUUCAACUUUACAAAAAAAGAUCCUCAGCUUGUUCCCUGUCUGUUUUGUCUUUAGGUAGCUAUUAAUGAUGACUCAGACAACAAGUCCUACAGUGACCUGUCUGACUCUGAUAAACUGUGUCACCUCAACCAAAUAUGUACCAAAUAUGAUGUGUGUGUGUGUGUGUGAAUGUGAAUGAGAUAAUGUUUUAGACAUGCUUGUGUGUGAAAAGGAAUGAUUGCACUUUGUCAGACGAGCCGCAGUAGAGAAACACGCACAAUAUAUGCUCCUAUCAUAGAAAACACUGAAUUUUGUCAUAGCACGAUUUUAUAGGCACAGAACCACAAACACAACUCACGAUUGUUUAAUUUAAUAUGUUGAAUUAGUAUCAAAACUGACAUUGAUUUGGAGUUGAGUGAAGGAAAAAAAUGGAACUGCAUGUUUGAAUGUUUGAGUUUGGCUGUGACCAUGUAAACAUCAUAGAGGAAGUUAUUUUUUUUAAUAUAAAUUGUAUCACAAAUGUGACUCCAGACCUUUCCAGGUGUAAUGAAGCCAUUACGCCUGGACUUCCGCCCCAACUAAUGACAGAAAAUGAAAUAAGAUUUUGUUUCAGAGUUUUAUUUUUGCUUAAAAAAUAGGAAACAACAUUUUGAGCUCCUCCUCAGUUAUAGCCUUAACCUGUCCUAAUAAACUGAGCAGUGAAUA